GGAGCUGCAAGCAGAAACCGCUGCCGUCCGGUCAGUUCCGGCUCGUGGCGACCCUGUGGGGCAGCCUGCCCCGUCGGGUGUCCUGGGCUGUAACCUUUACAGGGCAGAUUGCCAGGUCUCUCUUCCUCAGCGUGGCUGGUGGGCUUGAAUCGCCGUCUUUUCACUUAGCAGCCGAGCCCUUAACCCCUGUGCCACCAGAGGUUCCCAUUUUGGGGGCUUGGGUGCUGGAAAGCUAUAACCCAGAACUGACCUCCCGAUUGUGUGAGCUGAGUCGACGUUGACCUAGUUGGCGGGUCAGGGUUGCCCCUCGCCCUGUCGUUUCUCUGCCCAUUUGGGGCUAGCACAGAUCUAGUGGGGUUAGAUGUCUGAGGGAAAGGUGAUCUGAGGCUGGACCACAGCCGUCAUCCUUACAGAGUGAGUACCACUCCCCAGAUUGCAGCUUCAGCUCGGGGGCCCCCUGUGCCUGCUGUCUGUUGAUGAAGCUUUGGGAACAUUUUCAAAAUAGGGAGUGUAUGUGGGAGGAGCCUCUCAGGGCCUGUACACUUCAGGUGUCCAUGACUCCCUUAUUGCUUGGUGUAAUGGUUAGUGGUUCUAGAUUGUGCUAAUUGGGGGUACCCAGAGGAAUUCUGGGAUAUGGAAGUUACAGUCAGUCAGUGAGCGCUUCCUAGGUACUUCCUGUGCAGGUUAGACUGCUGGGGCAUAAAGAGAUGGAUCAGUUGCAGCCCUGGCCGUCUGGACACUUUGAGGGAGGUGAAAUCUCAGCCUUGGAGGUGGGCGUCACAUAGCCCCUUGCCCUGCAGGCUUGGACUGGGGGAGUCAAGGAGGAGAGGGAGAACUUCGAGGGUUGUCAGAGAUAUCGCGGACUGAGAGUAAUGGGCUGGUGAGGAAAGGAGGAGCAUUUCCAGGAGGGCAUGUGCGUAGUGGGGUGGGUGUGCGGCUAACAUAAAUAAUUGGGCCAUUUUUUUUUUUUUAUGGGGUAAUUCUGCUCUGUCACACGGGGUUGCUGUGAAUCAGAACCCAUCAGGGAUAUGGAGAGAGAUCAAGGCAAGAGGGGUUGUUUAGGGCCUGAUAUCUGGGGAGUUGGUCAGUGCUAUUGUAUGAGAAAUGGAUGUUUGUUUAGAACAGUAUGUUGGGCAGAAAGUAUCUGAGGAGAUGCCAGAUGGGGUCUUCUGUGGAGAGUGCUGUGUGAGAGGCGGUGUAUUGUGGAAGUGUGUUAUCCCCAGCCAGGUGAGCACUCUGUGUGGCAUUUCUCUGUGUUCUGUUCUCCAGCUGCCCCCCAGCUAGUGCCCGGCCUGCUCCCUGUAAUAAGGGAGUGGGUGAAGGGCUGCCCUCUGGCAGGGAGGGGAAGAACAGCUGAGUCAGCCUGGGGCCACUGGUGCCGGUUCUGUCCUGCCCUAGCACUCCCGUGCCUCUUUCCUGCCAAACUCCGUGCCAUUGUCCUCUCCCUCUGCACGGGAGGGGCCUGGGUCUCAGCACUCCCCCGUUUCUGCUGGGAAGUGGCAUGGUAGGUCUUGAUGCUGGGACAGCCGAUCCCUUCAUGUUGGCCUGAGGGAGCCUCUAACCUGGACCCUGUGAGGCCUCUUGAGGACAGCUGGCUUCUUGGUGGGACUAGUAUGGAAUGGGGUGGGGCUUUGGUUUAAGCCUGUUUUCCAGCUUUUAGCCCAGGUUCUCCUCAUCACUUUCAGCUUGGGUGUUGUCUGUCUGUCUUGGGGUUAGGGGCUUGGGAAUCAGUCCAGGGACCCUGGACUAUGGCCCAGACUCCAGGCCAUCCUUCUACCUGUCCCCAGCUCAGGUCCCUGUGAAGAGAGGCAGAGGCAGCUGGUUCCCGGAUCUCCUGGGCCCUUAUGGACACCAUGUUGGAAGCCAGGCUCCAGACCCAGCAGGAUGAGGGGAGGAGACACAACGGCCAGGAGACCAGCCUGUGGUCCUCAGGCUUUGGGAUGAAGCUGGAGGCUGUCACCCCAUUCCUGGGAAAGUACCGUCCCUUUGUGGGUCGCUGCUGCCAGACCUGUACUCCUAAGAGCUGGGAAUCCCUCUUCCACAGAAGCAUAACGGAUCUAGGCUUCUGUGAUGUGAUCUUGGUGAAGGAGGAGAACACCAGGUUUCGGGGCUGGCUGGUUCGGAGGCUGUGCUAUUUUCUGUGGUCGAUGGAACAGCAUAUACCCCCCUGCCGGGAUGCCCCGCAGAAGAUCAUGGAAAGCCCUGGGAUACAGAACAUCAUCUCGGAGAGGGCCCCGGGAGGGGCUGGGGAAGGGCAGGUGCCAGGUCCUGUGAAGAAAGAGGUACAACGCAUCCUGGACCACAUCCAGGCCCCACCCUGCCCCUUGCUGCUCAGGCUCUUCAGCUGGGUGCUGCUGCGGCUCCUGAACUGCCUCUUCAUGAACGUGCAGCUCCACAAGGGUCACGUGAAGAUGGCUCACAAGGCCGCCCAGGCGGGCUCGCCGCUCGUCCUCCUCUCCACCCACAAGUCUCUCCUGGAUGGGAUCCUGCUGCCCUUCGUGCUCCUCACCCAGGGCCUGGGCCUGCUCCGUGUGGCUUGGAACCCCCACACCUGCUCCCCUGCCCUCAGAGCUCUGCUGAGGAAGCUGGGGGGGCUCUUCCUGCCUCCAGAGGCCAACCUCUCCCUGGACAGCUCUGAGGGGGUCCUUGCCAGGGCUGUGGUUCAGGCUGCCAUAGAGCAGCUGCUGGUCAGCGGGCAGCCCCUGCUUAUCUUCCUGGAGGAGCCCCCUGGGGUCCGGGGGCCACGGCUGUCAGCCCUAGGCCAGGCCUGGCUGGGAGUGGUGGUGCAAGCGGUCCAGGCAGCCAUCGUCCCAGAUGCCGUGGUGCUGCCAGUGGCUGUCACCUAUGACCUGGCUCCAGACGUACUGCCUGACGUACACCACGCUUCGACCCCGCUGGGGCUGUGGACAGGAGCCCUGGCCAUCUUGCGGAGCCUGCGCAGCUGUUGGGGCCACAGCCACCGGGCCUGUGUCCGCGUGCACCUGGCCCAGCCCUUCUCCCUGCAGGAAUACACCAACAACGCCAGAAGCUGCUGGGGCAGCAGGCAGACCCUGGAGCAGCUGCUGCAGCCCAUCGUGCUGGGCCAGUGGACCGUUGUCCCAGACACGGAGAAGGAGCAGGAGUGGACCCCGGUGACCGGGCCCCUCCUGGCCCUGAAGGAAGAGGACCAGCUCCUGGUCAGAAGGCUGAGCCGUCACGUCUUGCAUGCCAGCGUGGCGAGUUCAGCGGUGAUGAGCACGGCCAUCAUGGCGACGCUGCUGCUCUUCAGGCACCAGAAGGGCGUGUUCCUGUCUCGGCUGCUGGGCGAGUUCUCCUGGCUGACGGAGGAGACCCUGCUGCGCGGCUUCGACGUGGGCUUCUCGGGGCAGCUCCGGUGCCUCGUGCAGCACGCGCUGAGCCUGCUGCGGGCACACGUGGUCCUGCUGCGCGUCCGCCAGGGGGACUUGGUGGUGGUGCCGCGGCCGGGCCCAGGCCUGGCGCACCUAGCGCGCCGGAGCGCCGAGCUGCUGCCUGCCUUCCUGAGCGAGGCCGUGGGCGCCUGUGCUGUGCGGGGGCUGCUGGCAGCCAGAGCGGCACCCGAGGGGCGUGGGGAGCUGCAGGGCGCGGAGCUGCUGAGCCAGAGCGAGCUGUACCGCCAGGUCCUGCUGCUGCUGCACCUGCUGCCUCAGGACCUGUUGCUUCUGCAGCCCUGCCAGUCUUCCUACUGCUACGGCCAGGAGGUGCUGGACCGGCUCAUCCAGUGUGGCCUGCUGGUUGCUGAGGAGACCCCAGGGUCCCGGCUGGCCUGUGACACAGGGCGACGUUUGAGUGCAAAGCUGCUGUGGAAACCAACCGGGGACUUCACUGAUAGUGACAGCGAUGACUUUGAGGAGGCCGAGGGCCGGUACUUCAGGCUCAGCCAGCAGUCACGCUGCCCUGACUUCUUCCUCUUCCUCUGCCGCCUGCUCAGCCCACUGCUCAGGGCCUUUGCACAAGCUGCCACCUUUCUCUGCCAGGGGCAGCUUCCCGAUACAGAGGCGGGCUACACAGAGCAGCUGUUCCAGUUCUUAGAGGUCAGCGCCCAGGAGGAAGGGUUCUUUGAGUGUGUGGACCCAAAACUUGCUGCCAGUGCUGUCUGGACCUUCAGAGACUUAGGGGUGCUGCAGGAGAUGCCAAGCCCUGCAGGCCCUGUACUCCACCUGUCACCGACAUUCGCCAGCCGAGACAGUCAGGAAAAGCUGGAGCGGUUCAUCCGGCAGUUCAUCUGUAGCUAGGACACGGGCAGCGCCCAAGCUGAGACUGCUCAGCCCAGAACAUAGCUGUGUCCAGAGCCAGAAGACGGAGAAGCGCCUGGCAGAUACUAAGCUGGACUGUCAGAUCUUUGGGCUUCGUCCUUUGCUUCUUGCUUUCUCCAUCCUUUGGCAUGAUAAACGGGGACUGGAUGACUCCUUUUCCCCAGCCCAGCAGCAUCUUUUUGGUGUAUCUGUGUCUGCUCUUUAUUUCCCCAGCCCUGUGAGAACGCCCUAGCUCACUCCUUGAAACAAAUGCUAAGACAG